AGCGCAUUCGUCGCUGUCGAUUCAGGUCGACUGUCUGGAAAGUUCUCUGCUCUUCUAAUCGCCUGUCAGCUGCCCAACGUGAACUGGAAGAUGUCUGUCUAACACCACAGAUAACUGGGUUACUGGGUGGUUGUUUGAAACCCAUGAUUGUGCACUUAAUUUCCAACUGCAAAAAGGAAGAGAGGAACAAACAGCGGGGGAGCGAAACGAAGCCUUUUGCUGCUACUUGUGUUGACGUUAGUUGUUGCUUGCUGCACUUGGCGUGGUUGGUAGCAAGUGUCAGUUCGUGCUGCGUUGUAGGGAUAGGGGGGAUCUGACCCAAAAACGAUGACUGCAGAGGAGCAGAACAGCGAGGGACAAAGCACCAUGCCAAUGGAAGGAGAAGACAUCACACCAAAGAAAGAUGGAGGUGUUUUAAAGCUGGUGAAACGGGAAGGCACAGGCACAGACUUCCCCAUGACUGGUGAUAAAGUGUUUGUCCAUUAUGUGGGCACUCUCUUGGACGGGACACAUUUUGACUCGAGCAGAGACAGAGGAGAGAAAUUUUCCUUUGAGCUGGGCAAAGGUCAAGUAAUUAAGGCAUGGGAUAUUGGCGUGGCUACAAUGAGAGUUGGAGAGCUGUGUCAGCUCAUCUGCAAGCCAGAGUAUGCUUAUGGAUCCGCAGGCAGCCCACCCAAAAUACCUCCCAAAGCCACUCUUGUUUUUGAGGUGGAACUGUUUGAAUUUCGCGGGGAAGACAUAACUGAGGAAGAAGAUGGAGGAAUCAUUCGGCGUAUCAUCACUAAAGGAGAGGGUUACUCCAAGCCCAAUGAAGGAGCUGUGGUGGAAGUCUUUGUUCAAGGUACCUGCGAUGGACGUUGUUUUGAUGAGAGGGAGCUGAAAUUUGAGAUUGGGGAUGGAGAGAGUUUUAGCUUGCCCAGUGGUGUGGAGAAAGCCAUCAUGGCCAUGGAGCAGGGAGAAGAGGCACUCUUCAUUAUGAAACCUAAUUACGGCUUUGGGGGUGAUGGAAAUGAAAAGUAUUGUAUUCCUGGUGGCGCAACGUUGCAGUACAAGAUUAAGCUAACAGCUUUUGAGAAGGCUAAGGAGUCAUGGGAAAUGAACACAAUGGAAAAGCUGGAACAAAGCGGUAUCGUCAAGGAGAAAGGAACACAGUGUUUUAAGGAUGGGAAAUACAAACAGGCAUCUGUGCAGUACAAAAAGAUUGUUGCUUGGCUAGAGCAUGAGUCUGGCUUGUCGGACGAGGAUGAAAAGAAGGCAAAAACCCUGCGACUGGCUGCACAUCUGAACUUGGCCAUGUGCUUCCUUAAAAUGCAUGAGCCAAACAAAGCCUUUGAAAAUUGUGACAAGGCCCUGGAAAUGGAUACUACAAACGAGAAGGCUUUGUUCCGACGGGGAGAGGCGCUGUUCGGUAUGAAUGAAUUUGAGAAGGCAAGAGAUGAUUUCCAGCGAGUUGUUCAGCUGUAUCCUUCCAACAAAGCUGCAAAAAGUCAGGUGAUGCUGUGUCAGAAACGCAUUAAGGAGCAGCACGAAAAGGACAAACGCAUCUAUGCUAACAUGUUUCAGAAAUUUGCAGAAAGGGAUUCAAAGAAAGAAGCAGAGAAGGUGAAACCUGAGAGCAAGGAGAACGGCGAGGAGGCAAUGGAGGUUGAAAAUGGGGAAAAGGAAACUCAAUGAAGUGAAAGCAUAGAUGAAGAUGCAACUGUUAUUAUGGUUCAAAUGUACUUAGACUUUUGUAACCGGCCAUUUAUGUUUUAAGGUAUGAUUGUGUAUAUAUGUAUAUGCGAGAAUGAGUGUCACUGAGAGCACUGACCUCGGGCGGGUCUUUGGCAUGUCACUGUGUCCAGGCUCUUUGGUGUGGCAGCUAGCUGAGUGAGUGGGGCUUCUUCAGCUGACAGCACUCUGGGAAAUGGAUUUAAUAAGUUGAUUGUGUGCCAUGACCUUUGGCUCUGAACACAUUCAGCCCACAGCUCUGAACUGUGCAUGUGUUUUUUUUUUUUUGUUUUUUUUUUUUUUUUUUUGUUUGUUUGUUUGUUUGUUUUUGUUGGAAAAAAUGUGGGUAAGGAAAAAAAAUGCAUCCCAGGUGUUGCGUGCAGAGUUUUACAACCCGUCAAGGGCUCCGCCAUUUACCCCACAACAUUUUCUGUCCCAUAUUCCUUAUUGUUGCUGUUCAUCCGAGCCUCCUCAUGGGCCUACUGAUCAAUUGUUGCAGCACGGAUGAUUGUGUUCAUAGAACUGGUUUGGUUUGAAUGUUAAUGUCAUUAAGUGUGUAUGUAGCACUGUGGAUUGGAAAUGUGAUAAAACGUCAGUCUGGGCUAGUUUACAGACUUCGAUCUUCUCUCAGCAAAAUUGUGGGGUUCCCUUAAAGCCCUUGGGUACAGGACUGUUCACUUUUUCUUCGAAAAUAUUGACUUUGUACUUUUUUUUUCUAGUGUUGUGCUUGUGAUUACUGUACUGUUCUCAACAAAGAUUUAUAAAGUAGAAUUGAUAAAGCAACUGGAAUCUGUGCAUAAACUCUUUGCAUUUUAGUCAGCAGUGCCUACAUGGACAAAAGCUAAAGUAGAUGCCGAAUGUAAGAUGAGCUUUUUUUGAGUUUAUCUUUGUUGGGAAGUCACUGCUUGGUGUGUCCUGACAGACUUAUAAUAAACUGUUCACUACGA